AUGAGAUCUAUUAGAAAGAUGUGGAAACCUCGCUACUUUGAUAUUGGUGUUAAUUUCUCGGACUCUAUGUUUCAAGGUAGGUACCAUGGAUCUUCUGAGCCAAAGCAUCCUCCCGACAUAAGCAGAGUUGUAGAAAGAGCCAAGCUAUUCAAUGUUGAAAACAUUCUCAUAACUGCAUCUUCUAUAGCAGAAAGUAAAGAACACUUCGAGUUAUGUGAAACUUACAAGAAUUUCCAUUCAACCGUUGGUGUGCAUCCUUGUACGGUCCAGCAAGAGUUCUACUCAAGCGACAUUUCAGUCGAUUCGCAGCUAUCUAAACUAAGUGAAAUUGCUACACAAGGAAUUAAAUUGGGCCAUAUCAAGGCAUUUGGUGAAAUUGGGCUCGAUUAUGACCGAUUGCAUUAUACUCCAGUCGAUCAGCAGAAGGAAAUGUUUCAAAAGCAAUUGGAGCUCUUUACUUCGCUCAAGUUGGGCUUACCAUUUUUCUUGCACAUGAGAGCAGCAUGUGAUGACUUUAUUAGUAUAAUCGAGCCAUUUGUGAAGAAUUUUGCACUUCGUGGUGUCGUACAUUCGUUUACUGGGACAGAGGAAGAGUUAAGAAAGCUUUUGGAGUUGGGGUUCUAUAUUGGAGUGAAUGGGUGCUCUUUGAAGACUGAAGAGAACUUGAACGUCAUAGCCAAGAUCCCAAAAGACAAAAUUUUAAUUGAAACUGAUGCUCCAUGGUGUGAGAUUAGAAAGAGUCAUGCGAGCCACAAGUAUAUUAGUCCGUACCCCAACGUCUUCUACCCAGAAUUGCAGAUUCAAAAUGAAACAAGUGAACCAUCUGUGCUCUCUGGCGAACCAGAUUCUAGUAACAGUAGUGCCUCCGAAUCAAACACAACCAAGAAGAAGAAGAACACUCCCAAGCCGAAGGUUACUAUUAAGUUUGACGAUUUUCUUCCAUUUCCUGUUGUGAAAAAAGGAAACUUUUCCAAGCAUGCAACGUUGGCCGAAGCUCAUGCCAAAGAACAUAAUAAGGUGGAGAAUCUCUUCCUGGAUGCAACCGGUCCUCUUGCAUGGCCACUAAUGCAAUCAAGGAAUGAGCCCGUGUUUGUAGGAUACGUUGCAGAAAUCUUAUGUUCCAUAUAUGGGAUUCAAGAGGAAAAGGAAAUCCAGAAGUUCAUAGAUUCUGUUUAUGAGAAUUCGUGUAACCUUUUCAAUCUACCAAUUCUUGAGUAA